GUAUGAAAAGCCCAACGAGAAACAUCGAGUAGUACAUCUCAUAGACAAUAACGUAGAAACAAAUCAGGAUAUAUACUUUAUCUAUGAGGAUACCCAAGAAAGUAUCAUACGAAACAUUCUCACGGAUCUGAUAAAAAAAAGAAAAGAAGCCAAGAAAGAACGUGACAAGUAUAUUGGGAUUAAUGAUGUGAUGUACAAUAUACUAGAACAGAAGCAACUUGCGUAUAAAGCAUCAGCAAAUACAUUAUACGGAGGUCUAGGUUCACCGUAUCUCGGUAUUGCUAUACCAGUGAUAUCACAGUGUGUGACCUUUGUUGCUCGAGAACUGAUAAAAACUUUAAAAAAAUUUAUAGAAUCAUAUCACACUAGGGAAUAUAGAGAUGAACAGAACGUGAUCUGUGACGAAACCAGUGAGAUAAUCUAUGGGGACACAGAUUCAUGCCUAGCACGAUUACCAAAGCGUAUCUUACAUUGUAUAUUUGAAAAAUAUUACGGUCAUUUAAAAUAUAUCAAGUUGAAUAAUGGUUUGAUAGAGGAAUAUGAAGAACUUAUAUUCAAGAUGUACGAUGAGCUUACUAAAGAGGGAAGCAUAUUUGGUAAAAAAGUAUGUGAUGCAUUCAACACAUUUAACCGUGAUCGUGGAAUUAAAAUAGUUACAUUAGAAUAUGAAAAACUUUUAUUUGACUUGACGCUAAAUAACAAGAAACGCUAUGCGGGUUAUAAAUUUGAAUUGCAAAGCAAUGGAGAACCUCCAGAUUACUUUUUUUCAAAAAUAUUUUCUGGUGCUAAAGAUUAUAUUUCAAGAAAUGCAAAGCUCUUUAACAAAUGGCUC